AAAAAUAAUAAAAGUGAUUUCUUAACAAGGCUCAAAACUUUUCAAUCCACCCACGCAUUACAAACAUUGCCAACUUCAGAGUUAGGAAUUUACCUAUGAUUAGUUUUAGGUUAAUUUUCUAACCUUAAAAAUUGAGUACAAGUGUACCAAUAGCAUAAAAUAAAAGAGCAUACUCACAUCUCUUGUUUGUCACGUAAAAUUAGUUUCAAAGAGGUGUUUUCUUUUAAUAUGUAGUAUAGUAAUAUUUUUAAUUUCUUCAAAUGUGUAAAGUGAAGUGUAAAUACGCGUGAUACGAUAUUUAGAGUAAAUAAUCUCAGAUAUACUACAAUAUGGCACAAAGUGGUCACGCAAAAUUAACAAAGCUUCGAGAAUUGAUGAAAACUGUUCAAAUAAAUGCUAACAAAACAGUGGAAAUUCAAGCUUACGUUGUAACCUCGGAAGAUGCACAUCAAUCUGAAUAUUUAAGAAAGUAUGACCAAAGGCUUACAUUUAUAAGUGGGUUUACUGGUUCUCUUGGUACAGCAGUGAUUACUCAAAACAAAGCAUUACUUUGGACAGAUGGAAGAUAUUUUACCCAAGCUUUGUCGCAAUUUGAUCCACCGGAAGAAUGGACCCUUAUGAAAGAUGGUUUAUUAGAAACACCUUCGAUACAAUCCUGGUUGGUUUCUAAUUUACCACCUAAAUCUGUCAUUGGAGCUGAUCCUAAUUUAUUAAGUUAUAAUAAGUGGAUUACAUUGCAAACUACUCUUGUUGCCGGAGGACAUACCUUAUUUCCAAUAGAAGAAAAUUUGAUAGAUAAGGUAUGGGGUAAAGAGAAACCAUUACCUGUAGCAAACAAAAUCAUUCCACAAACAUUGGAAUUUUCUGGUGAGAGCGCAGGUGAAAAAGUAAAACUGUGUCGUAAAAUAAUGGAAUCUAUCGGUGUGAAAAUGCUUAUAAUUACCGCUCUAGAUGAGGUUGCGUACCUUUUAAAUUUAAGAGGUUCUGAUAUUCCUUAUAAUCCUGUAUUCUUUGCAUUUGUCAUUCUUACUAAGGACGAAUUACAUUUCUUUGUGGAUGUCCGUAAUCUUACAGAGGAAGCAAUACAACAAAUGACUAUUGAAGGAAUUAAACCCAAUUACCACCCAUACAGUGAUAUACAUGACUUUAUUAAAUGCGAAGCUUCUUUUAAUAAGAAUAAAUUAGUAUGGAUAAGCAAUGGCUCAAGCUUUGCCAUUCAUUCCGAUUGUGGAGAAUUAAAAAAGCAUAUUGCUAUUUCUCCCGUUUGUGUAGCUAAGGCAAUUAAAAAUUCUAUAGAAAUAGAAGGAAUGAAAGCUGCCCAUAGACGCGACGCGGUUGCACUUGUCAAAUAUUUUGCAUGGUUGGAGGAUAAAAUAAAAAAUAAAAAAGAACUUGUUACAGAAAUUUCUGGUGCGGAACAACUUGAAAAAUUUAGAUCGGAACAGGAACACUACGUUGGUUUAAGUUUUUCUACGAUUUCAUCUGUGGGUCCACACGGUGCCAUAAUUCAUUACACUCCAUCUCCAGAAACAGACGUUCCAAUUACAGACAAAGAAUUGUAUCUAUGUGAUUCAGGAGCCCAAUACAAAGAUGGAACCACAGAUGUCACAAGAACUUUGCAUUUCGGUGAACCUACCAAUUAUCAACGGGAAUGCUUCACCAGAGUAUUUAAAGGACAAUGUCGUUUGUCAUCUACGAUAUUUCCUUUUAAAACAAAAGGAAAUUAUUUAGAUACAUUAGCACGCGAAAGUUUAUGGAGUGUUGGACUUAAUUAUUUACACGGUACAGGACAUGGAAUAGGAUCCUAUUUAAAUGUUCACGAACAACCAAUUGGUAUAUCUUGGAAACCAUAUCCUGAUGAUCCUGGCUUACAUCCAGGAAUGUUUUUAUCCAAUGAACCUGGAUAUUACAAAAAUGAUGAAUUUGGUAUUAGAUUAGAGAACAUAGAACUAAUCGUUAAAGCAGAAACUAAAUAUAAAUUUGACGAUAAUGGAUUUCUUACUUUUGAAACUGUAACACUUGUUCCAAUUCAAACCAGUUUACUCGAUGUUUCUUUAUUAACGGAUGAAGAAAUCAAGUAUUUAAACGAUUAUCACGCUAAAUGUUUAAAAACAUUACGCCCUUACCUCGACGGUCCGGAAAAUGCUCAAGCUCGUCAAUGGCUUGAAAGAGAAACACAACCGAUAAACAAAUAAUAAUUUUUCAUUGGUCUGUGACGAUUGAAAAUAAUAAAAAAAAUUAAUUACUUACGCUAAAAUUUUAUAAUCUUGAUAUGGAUAAUAUUUUUACAAACAAUGUAUACAUUAAUUCUAACAGGGAUAUUUUGUAUACGUUUGUAAUGUCAUGUUAUAAAAAUGUUUU